CGAUAUUAUGUAACUAGUCACUACCUCACUAUUUACCGCAGCGCAUUACUACAGUACCAACUGCCCGGGUGAUGGUGACCUCGUCUUCUUGUGCCCGUCCAAGGCAGUCUUACUGUGCCGUGUAACCUUGGAGUGUACUUGACUAUGCCAAGCCCCAAGUGGUUGCCUUCACCUUUCCUCCCCCCUCGGGACUGAUUUGUCCGUCUAUUUUGACUUCUUUCGACUUGAGGACGACCUUAGCGUCCCCGGGUUCCUUUCGAGUGUUGCCCAGUUACAAGGCAGCGGCAGGGAGUUCUACUAUACAGAAACGCCCGCAUAGAUGGCCAAGGACCGGACGACAUCUGAACAAGGUUAACGCUUGAGUAACCGUUUUUUAACGCCAGCACCCUUCUUUCUUGUCGAACAUAGAGGUGAUCCUCUGUGUGUCUGACCAUGACAACACAGACAUGGACAUCCCUUGUCCGGAGAGACACCAAAGAGCCUUUGAGCACCGGGGCUAUCGUCGGCAUAGCUGUCGGGGCGGCGGCGCUGUUCUUGGCCAGUGCUGCUCUAUUUGUCCUUUACUAUCGACGACAACGACGCUAUGAUGCCGAAGACAGCGAGUAUUAUCAGUAUGCCAACUCUGUUCAACGGGGCCAGCACCACAUGGGGAGGACAUUCGGGCCAGUUCCUCGCCGAGCUCCUACCUACACUUUGGAUUACAAGAUGGACAAACAGGGAGGUACCGGGCACUCAACUCCCGCCCAGUUCUCAGCAGACCCCCGGACCCAAAACCCAGAGUCACCUCCACUAGACGACAUGGCAAGCGCAAUGCCAACCCAUCCAGCAUAUCUUCCCAAGGCAGUGGUUCGUGGGACAAUACUCAAACCCAUCACUCGUCGACCCUCCGAAGACAACAGCAACCCGGUGUACUGUCCUUCAACCACAGACAGCAACAGCAUGCCACUGCAAGCCUAUCGCGGCUCUUCAUCCACUGCCACCGCCACCGUAACAGGAGGAAGUAGGGAGAACGAUGCGAGGGUGACGGGAAGCAAAGAAAAGCAGACCUUCCCCUCUCCACCGGGAUCCGGGGGAACAGGCGCGACCACCUUCUCCGACGACGAGAACUACUACGCAGCGGAUCCAGAGAAGGACGCCAAAGGCCAGCGUAAUAUCUCCGCCGCACUUUGUCUCGCCUCAGCAGACCAAGAGGACGAUGAAGACAGCCAUUACCAUGAACAGCAACAGCAACAAUCCCAAGGAUAUCAUCAACAACGACAACCACAGCAACCGCAUCAACCACAGCAAUCUCCCGUGGCCCUCCCCACCCCCGCCUCCGUCGCCUCCUCCUCCUCCCGCGCCACCCGAAGCGGUCUCGUGCCCACCAUUUCCAUCCCCAUCAAAAACAACAAAAAGAAGAAAUUCCCUCCUCCCCAACUCAAUCUCCACCAACAGCAGCACAACAGCAGCAGCCACAACUCUCCCAACAACCCCAACCAAACCACCGGGAGCGGCAGCAACCUGAGCGGUGGAAAGAACAGUGGUGGUCUCAUGGUAGACAUGGUAAUGUCCACCAGCAACCACCGCCCGCUGAGCGGGAUGGAGGAUAUGUCUAUUAGUGGACCGCUGGCGUUUCCUCAAUAUUCUCAUCAGCAGUAUCAUCAGCUACAGCAACAGCAGCAGCAGCAGCAUGGGGGGUACUAUGUGGAUGAGUAUGGAAAUCCAGUUCUGGCACCGGGAAGUGGAGGAGGGAGGAGUAAGGGGGGUAGAGAUCGAUCGAGGAGUUUUGGUGUUGAUCACCAAGGACCGGGACACGGAGGAGAAAGUGGAAGACGGGAGAAGAGACACAGUGGGAAUAAUGGGAGGCAUUAUGAGGAGGUGGAGAUUGGGAGGGAGAGUGAUAUUUGGUGAUCUGAUGAUUAGUAAGGGUUGGUGCUCAAGAUUGUCGACCGGGAAGGCCAUUUUCCAUUCGUUGUAUAUUCAUUUGGAUCAUACUGUUGGUUUGGUGUAUAGGAAACGGUGUCGCUUUGAGGAGGGACUUUCGUUGUGGAAAGAUACGACGAUUACCUUCUGGCUCCCGAGUAGGCGGGUUUCCUCCUGGGACCUGGAGUUUACUGCGUGUGGAUUUUAUGGGGUUUGCUGUACUUGAAUUCAUGACCAGCUAAAGCAAUGCUACCGACAGCAGGUCUAAAUACACAGAACAUUGAACGAUAAAUCAGAUUAUCAUUGCUAUCUC